GGUUUCUUCGAAACCAACAACAAGACACGACACGAUACAACUCAACUAUAAUCCUCCUUUCUCCCUCCCUUCCCUUCCCUUCCCUCUCUCCCUUAUGCCCCUGCCGUCAUAAUUUCAUUUUUCUUCCUAAAUCACUGAUUGCUUUCUUCUUCGUUUGAUUCAUCCCCCCCCUCCCCCUCCCUCAUGUGAAUCUGAACUGGAACGCCACCGUCCCACCGCCUUCAAAUUUCUUCCCUUUGGGAAUUGUGAAGAAUUUAAACCAAGUGGCUGUGCUACGUUUUUUAUGCUUGGACCGAUCCUAAGAGACUCGAGUUGCAGUAUGUCGUACUGCUUAGAGAUUAUUGAUCCCGUUUUCCGGAAAUAAACAAAGGAACUUGACCAAUUGCACCAAAAGAACAAGAGAGGAGAAGAGCUAGUUUAUACUUAUUAGAUAUUUUAAUAAGUUUUUGAGUAGUUUUGGACUCUCCAUGGCUCCUGGUGGCAGUGCAUUGAAAGAGGCCCUAGAAUCCAACUCAACAGGCUUGGAUUAUGAGGUUAAGAUGGCAAAGGUUGAGGCUAAUAAUAAACCAGCAAAAUCAGGUAGUGGCUCCAUUGGUAAAUUCCACUCGAGCAAUGGUGUUUAUGAGCUCCUUGAAUGUCUGGUUUGUACAAAUCUCAUGUAUCCUCCAAUUCAUCAGUGCCCGAAUGGCCACACAUUGUGUUCGAGCUGCAAACUGAGAGUGCAGAACACAUGCCCUACAUGCCGCUAUGAGCUUGGUAACAUAAGAUGCUUGGCCCUGGAGAAGGUUGCAGAGUCUUUGGAAGUUCCAUGUCGGUACCAAAAUUUAGGGUGUCAUGACAUUUUUCCAUACUACAGCAAGCUCAAGCACGAGCAGCAUUGCAGGUUUCGAUCCUACAACUGUCCUUACGCUGGUUCUGAGUGUUCAGUGACGGGUGAUAUUCAGACUCUUGUUGACCAUCUCAAAGAUGAUCAUAAAGUUGAUAUGCAUGAUGGGUGCACAUUCAACCAUCGUUAUGUGAAGUCAAAUCCACAUGAGGUCGAGAAUGCUACAUGGAUGCUUACGGUCUUCAACUGUUUCGGAAGGCAGUUCUGCUUACACUUUGAGGCGUUUCAGCUCGGGAUGGCACCAGUGUACAUGGCGUUUCUGCGGUUCAUGGGAGAUGAGAACGAGGCUAAGAAAUUCAGUUACAGCUUGGAAGUUGGAGCUCACAGCCGUAAACUGACAUGGCAAGGGAUUCCAAGAAGCAUCAGAGACAGUCACAGGAAAGUCCGUGAUAGUCAGGACGGACUCAUCAUUCCUAGAAACUUGGCUCUCUACUUCUCCGGCAGUGACAAAGAAGAACUCAAGUUGCGAGUCACUGGAAGGAUAUGGAAAGAAGAAUAAGCAAAUGAUGAUAGUAAUGAGUCAUGAUGCCAAAGCAAAAUGGGAAAUAAGAAAUAAGCUCUGAAGAAUUGUUUCAAGUCUAUAACGGAUGAUGUACAUAACAGCCUUGAGAGAGCUUCUUGAUCAUAUGGGAGGAGUCGAAAUUCCAAAUUUUUUUCGUCAACUUUUUUAUUCAGUAACUAAGAGAUGAAAAAUGAUCACAUGCUUGGUUGAAAAAAAUAUCUUAUGGUUUGCAUUGCAAUGUUACAAUCUUUGUCUUGUAAUUUUGGUUGUGUUGGAAGAGAUGAAGACGAUCUUUUUGGUUCUGUUCUUC